AUAGCCAGAUGUAAUCAAAUGAUCCAUGCCUGUCCGAUCUGAAUUGUCUUUUCCUAUUCCAGCCUGUUGACUCGGCGGUGCGCUGGCCAUUUCCUCUCUGAUGAGUUGAAUCCAAGGGAGAAUAUUAGUACGUACUUGUUUGGCCUAACAGCCUUAAGGCCUGAGGUUCGCCGCCUGACUCUUGAGUCCCUGAAAGAGCCUUCACAUCCCUCGAGCGCCUCACAUCGCCUUUUCAUUACUUACUCAACCGCCUGUUACAUUAGAAUUUUCUGUUUCUGUUUUCACGUUAUUCUUUUCUCGAUACUAGACGUUUUCUUUCUUGCGCUUAGAACGCCGCGCAAACAGCCAGCUUCAUCUUGCCACCGAGCUCAGUUCAUACUAUCGACACCCCAGCAACCACCUCCAGGCUAUGGCCGUCACUUUGACCUUGACUGACCACGCCUUCAUCGAGCGCAAGACGGCUCGUCACUACAUUCGCAGCCAUGUCAUGAAGGGGAAGGUCCUCGGCGGCAAGGUGCGCGCUCUUCGGAAACGACCUCGCGCCACAGAGAACAGGCGCGACACAUACCAUCUCCUCCAUGAGAAGAACAUAAAGACCGACAGCGCCAUCCACGUAGUGGACGACGCGCGUAUGGACCUCAACUGUCUGUGGGAACUCGACGCUCCCGCAAAGAUGCCCUUUGUGGUGCGCGACGUAUCCAGUUCUGCCAUCACGACGCCCAACAUGGAGCAGGCCAAGAUCUGCGGCAAGCUCCUCGCCCACGUCGGCAACGACCUCUCCGGCCUCGAGCCCGUCUGCGAGAUGACCACCCAGUCGCGUCGCUGGGUGCACGACUUUUUGCUGUACAUUGGCGAUGCGCUCUCCCCCAGCGUCGAGUUCUCUCACGGCAAGCCAGAUCCCACCCUGGGCACCUGGUUCAAGUACAUGCUCGCUGAUGAAGCUUACUUCCACUGCUUCGUGGCCCUCUCCGAGGCCUGCAUGGACUUUGUCCACGAGAAGGACUCGUACUCCACCGAGUACCGCCACCACAUGACAAAGGCCCUCCGACUGCUCAACAACAAGCUGUCCGGCGACAAGGCGACCGCCGACACCAGCCUGGCGGGCGUCAUCUCGCUCUGUCUGCUGACCUCGCUCCGCGGCCAGCUCGCGCAGACAAAGGUGCACUUUGACGGCCUCUGUCGCAUGAUUGAGCUGCGCGGUGGCAUGGACGAGAUCAAGCACAACCCUGCGCUGAUUGAGAAGACACUUCGCAUCGACAUUGACUUGGCGCUGCAACUCGGCUGCCCAACACGGCUGGGCCACGCCGCCAAGGACAUGGAGGCCAUUGUGCCCAUCUUCUUCAACCCGGCUUUUGAGGUGCGCUCGCCGCUCCUCAACGCCGCCCGCAACGCCGACGCCGACGUCUUCGCCGCCACCGAGACCAUCAUGAAGGUCUCGCGCCUCUUCAACUCGGGCGUCGCCCAGAAGAAGCUCGGGCCCCAGGCCUUCCAGGACAUCAUCACCACCACCUGCUACCGACUGCUCGAGAUCCGCCCCGUCGGCGCCGCCCGUGGCACCAAUCUACAUCCCGUCGCCGAAGCCAUCCACCUCGCCCUCCUCGCUUUCAUGACCACGACCCUCAUCCAGCUCGGCCGCCAGCGCCGCCUGCGCUACGAGAUGCUCGCCACCAAGCUCAUGCGCGCCCUCGACAACCCCCAGUUCCAGGCCGCCGUCGAUCCCGCCACGCACCUCUGGCUGCUCGUCGUCGCCGGCAUCUCCGUCCUCCACAGGGACGAUCGCGUCUGGCUCCAGCCGCGCCUCGCCGAUGCCGUCGCCCAGUUUGGCGUCACCCAGUGGUCCUUUGCCAGACGCCUGCUCGGCAAGUACCCCUGGAUCGUCGACCUGCACGACGAGCCGGCCGCCAAGCUGUGGGCCAGCUGCUUCCCCGAGUCUUGAACGGGCUGGAACCCUCUCGAGACAACGACCUCACGAACCACCCAUACAUACAUACAACCGCCUAAUCGUGUACUUAAUAUUGUAAUAGUAGCAAAGCGCAAUUGGUUGAGCGCAAUCUCUCUCCGCAGCGACAUCUCUUCUCACGACCUCACUCCGCUGUCUUUCGUCUCAUUCGAUACCCAAUUUCUGCUUCUGCUAGGUUAUUCUGAAUACAACUUGCCUU